AUGGCCUGUCACACUGCGACACUGACACGACGAUCUCAAUACCAGUGCCUCGUGUCUUCGGCCUGCUUCACUGCGCGUGCAGCAACAAACCUCCAUAUCUUCUUCCCUGAGAUGUCCGACGGGCAGCAGUACGGCCGCCAAGAAGAAAUAGAAAGUCAAGGGAAUCGGGCUGUUAUUCCAUUCUCCAUCCGGAUUCUCGCCGGCGAGAACGAGCAGAGUGCCGACGUGGCGCGACGCGAUCACGACGAAUGGCUCCUGUCCCUCUUGCCCGCCUCAUACCGCCAAGAGUCCCGUAAGUUGGUGGCUGCUGGUCAACAUGUAACGGCCUGCCUCGAGGGGGAGCUCGAUCUGCGACGGCUCACCAGCAUCCGCGGCUGGCUCUGGGUCGCUGGUUUACCUUUGCCGCCGCGACCUCUGCACCACCAGCUCUUGCUUGGCCGGGAGAUAUUUGUCACGGAGCAGAUGGACAUGCAUCUCAUCUGGACAACCGGUCGCAUGUUCCUUAAACCUGUUCCUCGAUUCCUUUUGGAGCCGGCGUUUUGGGCCAAAUAUCUCUGCUGCGCCCACUCCUACGACUGCUCUCCUGGAAACGAUGUCGUCCAACGCGGCACAAAACGGACAUGCCUGAGGCUAGGCCUUCGGCAGCGUGCCCUCGGAUUCCUCUUCUCCUACGCCGCACUCAUAUCCCACGAGAGCGACUUCUGCAUCGCCCAAGAAAAGCAUCUGCUGCCGCAGGAAGCACGCUGGCCUGCAUGGAGGAUGCUGGUUGACCAGCUGGAUGCAGAGCACAUUCAUCCAAACAUUGAUCCGCGAUUCCACCACGGCGAACUGCGGUUAAGUCGCCUGAACAAGAUAUACGCCCUCUCGCAGACUCCCUUUCGCGGCUACAUGACUCGUUGGAACCAGUACAGCACCUUCUUCCAGGACCAUUUUGCUUGGCUAGCGAGCGCAACGGUCUAUAUUGCUAUUGUCCUGACUGCGAUGCAGGUCGGGCUCACGACCAAGAACCUCUCCAGCAACGACGCAUUCCAGUCUGCGUCGUACGUCUUCACCGUCUUUGCCAUUCUAGGUCCACUCAGCGUUGCUUUGCUCAUUGUCCUUGUAUUCUGCUGCAUCUUUGUAUAUAACUGGGUCAGAGCUAUCAAUGCCAACAAGAGACAUCUCGGCUCCGGCAUGUCACGGCAAUAA